AUGGCCCAGGGCGCACACUCCCAGCCAGCUCCGCGGCUCUGGCCCUACCAGCUGCAGGAGGUGAUGGUUCCCCUUGUGGGGAACGAGGUCUGUAACCAGCGCUACCAGAACUCUUCCACCAACACUGGCCAGAUCAUCAAGGAUGACAUGCUGUGCGCUGGGAGUGAGGGCCAGGACUCCUGCCAGGGUGACUCCGGGGGCCCCCUGGUGUGCAGCUGGGAAGGCACCUGGGUCCAGAUGCUGUGGCUGCUGGUCCUGACUCUCCCCUGUCUGGGGGGCUCCGUACCUGUCACCUCAGAUCCCGGCCCAGGGACUGAGCUGGUGGGCAUCGUGGGGGGGCAUGAUGCUGCCGAUGGGGCGUGGCCGUGGCAGGUGGGCCUGUGGGUCUGGAAUCAAACAAGUUCAAAGUGGCAUCGCAAUUGUGGGGGCUCCCUCAUCAAUCAACAGUGGGUGCUGACCGCUGCCCAUUGCAUUCAUGGGACAAACCCAGAGACUCGGCACAUUAAGGUCCAACUAGGACGACUGAGGCCCUCAUACAGUGACAGUGUGCAGGUGGCCAGGAUCAUCCGCCACCCCAAGUACAGCAUUAAAAAGAAAGCAGUAGGUGGGGCGGACGUGGCACUUCUCAAACUGGAGGCUCCCGUGCAACCAUCUAACCUCAUCAAGUGGAUCCGCCUCCCGCCAGCCUCCCUCUCAUUCCCCCCUGGCACACGGUGCUGGGUGACUGGCUGGGGCCGCAUUGCUCCUGAAGAGCUGCUGCCACCGCCCCACAAUCUGCAGGAAGUGGAGGUCCCCAUCGUGGCGAAUGAGAUCUGUCGGCAGCAAUACCUCAGGAUCAACAAGGUUAUCAAGGACGACAUGCUGUGUGCCGGGGGCGAAGGCCGGGGCACCUGCCAGGGAGACUCUGGGGGCCCCUUGGUCUGUAAAUGGAGGGGCACCUGGGUCCAGGUAGGCGUGGUGAGCUGGGGGCACAAGUGCGGUCUUGACAACUUUCCUACAGUCUAUGCCCGAGUGACAUCCUUCUUGCCUUGGAUCCUCGGUCAUAUUCAUUCCUCUCCUUGAGCCUGGGGCCGGGCAAGGAUGCUGCC